AUGGCUACCAAUUCAUUUCCGGAUUUUGACGACCUCCCCAAGGUUGAGGGACAACCCCAAGGAUGUGCUUGGGGCGUGUUUGACAAAGAUGGGAAGAAGGAUGUUUUUGGCACGCUGAACUUUCUUACUCCUGAAAUCGUGGCGGCUGCAAGCAAGGAAGUGAAGGAUGGUAUUUCCAUCUCACUCAACUGGCCCCUCAACGGCAUCAAGAUCCCCUUCCCCAACCGCAAACCUCCCGUACAUACUCCCCAUCGCCUACGUGACAUAGGCAUUGACUACGAGGGCUGGGACGACGAGCUGGCCAUCAACACUCAGUUCAGCAGCCAGUGGGACAGUCUCCUCCACGUCACAACCGACGGGCUAGCCUACAACGGGUUCCAGCCGACCGUCGAAGGUCUCUCAGUACAGUCAACCGCCGAAAACCCACUGCCGACCAUCGAGCACUGGCACUCGCGCGGCGCGCUGGCCGGCCGUGGCGUGCUGAUUGAUUGGAAAGCGUACCAGGAACAGACAACUGGAACACCGUACCACCCGCUGGAUGGACAUCGGAUCACGGUUGAGGAUAUCGAGAAGGUGGCUGCGUUUCAGGGCGUCGAGUUUAAGCCGGGGGAUAUUUUGAUUGUGCGGACUGGGUAUACGGAGGUGCUGGAGGACCCGAAGCCGGAGGAUAUGGCUAAGUUUGCCAAGUUUGGGGGUGGCCUGGUUAUACCGGGGGUGCAUGGGAGUGAGGAAACGGCCCGGUGGUUGUGGAAUCGGAGGUUUGCGGCUGUCGCGGGAGAUGCGCAUGCGUUUGAGGCUGUGCCUGGGUUGAAGCCCGAUGGGACGCAGCUGCCGUUGUCUGAGUUGGUCCUGCAUCCCUGGUUGCUCACACAGUUUGGCAUGUCCAUUGGCGAGCUCUGGGAUCUCAAGGCCGUGGCCGCGUACGCAAAGAAAACGGGGCGGUACAGCUUCUUGCUGACAUCCGCGCCCCUGAAUCACCCUGGGUUAGUGGCAUCGCCACCUAACGCUAUUGCGUUGUUCUGA